AUGGCCGCCGAUUCCUCUAUUGACAUUAGCUCCAUCGACCGACUUGAACUCAUUGCUGAUACCACUCCGGUCAACUGGACUUCCUUCUCCGAAAGCAUGCAUGUCCUCCUUGGCUCCACUACCCUUCACAAUUACAAUCUUCUUGACCUCGUGCUUGACACCCCAUUUGGAGCUGCCCCCUCCCCUCCCGUAGCACCCUCAUCCCCCCCUCCUCCCGACCCACCCGCUCCCCCAGGCCCCCCUCCCUCAGCUCCACCCACACCCUCCCACCACGAUGACCCCGACCGAUGGGCACGCACCCUUCGCGACUACACUCGCGACCACGCCACCUACGUCCUCGCCGAUGCGGCUCACAAGGACGCCCUUGCUGCCUACACCACCGCCACAGCCGCAUCAGCCGAGUACGCGCAGAAACUUGCUAAAUAUCGGGAGGAAGAUCUGAAAUACAAAGCCGAUUCCUCCGCCUGGCGCCUUGCCGACCUCAAAGCACUCAACAUCAUACUUGCAUGCAUUCCCACCUCCCUCAAGGGAGAGAUCCGCCCUACCACCUCUGCAGCCCUUUGGAAAGACCUCACCACUCGCUUCGACCGACAAGAUCUCAACUCUCUUCUCGCACUAUACCGCGACUUCCAGGCAAUUUCUCUUGAAGCCUCUCCUAAUGCUGCCACAUUCACCCGCCGCCUCACUGACGCCGCUCGCCGCCUAACUGACCGCGGCAUCACUAUCACCGAUUCCCUCCUCAUGGCUCGCAUUCUUGACGGCCUCCCCACUGCCUACACCACUCACAAAAUCGCAUUCACUACCGCUCGCACUGGCACUCCCUCCUCCUCCGAUGUUAUCUCCUGGCUACUUGACGCCGAAGCCGACCUCUUCCACUCCUCCCCUCUCACUGCUGCUCUUGUGCGUGGAGGUGGAAGUGGCCGUGACACUCCUAGCAGCGGCUUUGGCGGAGGACGCGGUGCGGGACGAGGUGGUCGUGGUGGAGGCGGUCGCUCCACUCCUCGUCAAGGUGGUGGCCGUGGUCCUUCCCACCUCCCCAAUCCCUCCUCCACACACCCUCCCCACCCCGUACCCCCCUUUUCUCCCUCCUCUCGUAUCCCCUGGUUUUCCCCACCCCCCUCCCUCCACCCCUUGGUACCCUCUCCAAUACCCCCCCUACCCCGUCUACCCCCCGGCCCCUCCUCCUCCCACUCCACCCACUGA